AUGUCGAAACACGAUUCAAUCCACGAUGAGAUCCCAACCAAACACACUGAGGACGCCGUUCAACGCAUACCGCUCACGGAAGAGGAGAGCAAGAGUAUCUGUCGAAAAACAGACCGGACUAUUCUGUUGGUGUUGAUCUGGGUCUACUUCCUGCAAAUUCUAGACAAGUCGGUCUUAGGAUACGGCGCGACCUUUGGUCUCCAGACCGAUACUGGACUAACUGGAAAUGAAUAUUCGCUAGUUGGUUCGAUUGGGCCAAUAGCGCAGCUAGCCUGGCAGCCCUUCUCAUCCUUCUUGAUUGUCAAGAUUCCACACAAGGUCCUGAUGCCGACGCUGUGCUUGGGGUGGGGAAUCGCGCAGGCAUGUAUGGCCGCAUGCUAUAAUUUUCAGUCGCUUAUGGCUGCUCGGUUUUUUCUUGGCUUAUUUGAAGCCGGGUGUUUACCCCUGUUCGGUGUGAUCACGAGUCAAUGGUACCUGCGUUCUGAACAGCCUUUACGGAUUGCAGCCUGGUACAGUACCAACGGGCUUGCCACAAUCGUGGCCGCCGCAUUAUCAUACGGACUGGCACAAAUUAAGACAAACGUGCUUUUACCGUGGCAAAUAAUUUUCCUCUUCGUUGGCCUCCUGACGAUCAUUUCAGCGCCAGUGGUGUAUUGGAGAUUGGACAACGACGUUUCAACGGCACGGUUUUUGACGGAGUUAGAACGGGCGCAGGGUAUGGAGCGUCUGCGGGCCAACCAGACUGGAACAGGGAGCACGGAGUUCAAGUUUAGCCACGUUCUGGAAGCGGCAUUGGAGCCCAAGACCUAUCUGUGGGUGGGAAUGGCCAUGUUGCUCAACAUCGGUGCCAGCGUUACAAACAUCUUUGGCCCUUUGAUCCUCGGUGGCCUAGGAUACGACAAAUACACUACCACGCUCCUGACAAUGCCCUUUGGCGCUCUUCAAAUGAUUGUCAUCCUAUUAGCCAGCUAUAUGGCGCAGACGGCCCGAUUAAAGGGAGCCGUCUUGGUUAUCUUCAUGAUCCCGGUAGUUGCCGGUCUGGGUAUCCUUUAUGCCGUUGCCCGAACAACAUCAGCGCAAGGUGCUUUGCUGGCUGGCUAUUACCUCCUUGCCUUCUUGUUUGGAGGUAACCCCUUGGUUGUGACAUGGAUCAUUGGUAACACAGCGGGAACCACAAAGAAGUCUGUUUCCAUGAGUCUGUACAACGCUGCCUCUUCUGCGGGUAAUAUUGUGGGACCCUUACUCUUUACUUCCAAGGAUGCUCCGACAUAUCACCCUGGACUACGGGCCUGCCUGGGUAUCUUUAGCGCGAUGGCAAUAACCGUGCUCAUUCAAUGGGCAAACCUGUGGUUGCUCAAUAAACAGCAGUCCCGCCGUCGGGUUCGCAAUGGGAAGAGUGCCAACAUAAUCGAUCAUUCUAUGCAGAGGCGUUUUGAAGGCAUCGGGGAGGAACGCGAAGCGGGACCAAUGGGCCAGGGCCUGGCUCAUGCUGGAUCAAAUAUCAUCGAAGACCUUACAGAUGGACAGAAUGAUGAGUUUGUUUAUAUCUACUAG